UCUGGCUCGACGCGCUCAGUGGCGCUCCGACCCGCGCUUGAGACACCCGCCAUGUCUCGCUAAUGACUCAUAUACCAACCUUAUCCAACUGACAAAUUCUCCUGACAACUUGUGCCUAUUCCCCUACUCUGUGACCCCGUGACAGCUGUCAAGUGCUCGAUAUGUGGCUGUGGAUCACCCUCCUGUCCAGCGCUCUGCUGGCCCAAGCGCAGAACACAGAGAGCAAUGAGUUCACUCCGGCAGUGGCGGCGACAUGCAAGGGCAACAUUAUGUCCAUCAAGAUCAACUUCAACCAGGGAUUCAACGGCAUCGCACACGCUAGGGAGUUCAGGACUCCGGCGUGUAUGACGCAGGGUAACGGCACGGAGACACUGAGCUUCGAUAUCAACCUGAUGGCUGCACAAGGGGCCCCAGACUACUGCGGAGUCUUUUGGAACAAUCGCACUGAUGAAAGAUCUCUGCCGCUGGCGGUGCGCGUGCACAGGACUCUCGAGUUGGCAGAUGACAAGUUCUACGUCAUAACAUGCGGGAAGGCUGGGUUUAGGAACGCCAGAAACGAAACCUCUCUCGUCUCCCUACGAAUGUUAAACGAAGAUGGCAAGAAAGUAAUGAAUGCUGCUUUCGGCAUGCCCUACACACUGAGAGCUGAAAUUAGCAAGUCCGAUGGUUCAUACGGAAUUAAACUAAAGAACUGCUUCGCAUUCAACAUGCGAAAUAAUACUGUCGAACUCACCGAUAGCAAAGGAUGUCCAGUAAAGCAACAAUCGGUCACGGUGAAGAACGAAAACGGAGCUGCAGAACUCCUGAUUGCAUCCAUGUUCCGCUUCCCAGACUCCUCGCAAGUCAACUUCCAGUGUGAAAUUGGUAUUUGCAAAGGUAGCUGCAUAGCCCCGGAUUGUGCAGAAGAUGGCCGCCCUGAAACCAGCGGUGACGAGGAAGGCACCGUCACUGCUUCCACUGGCAUUUUUGUUCUCGAUCCUAAUGAUAGCGCAGUGGUAGCGAUGCAAUGUGCAGAAGGUGGCGUGCGGCCAAUCUGGUUGCUGUACCUGGCCAUCGCGCUCGGAGUCAUGUUCCUCGUGAUGUUGCUCGUCAACUGUUUCCUUUGUACUGCCAUGACUUGCUCCUGUGCCAGAACUGAUGUGAUUGAGAAGGAUCCAUCUGUGGUGGAAGACUACGAUCCUUACCGUAGUUGGCACGGCAGUCAAUACGGAGGAAGAUACCCAUCAUCUACCAUCCAUUCGGCCAGGUCAGUGUCAGACAACAGUGAUCACUACGCGAUAGUACAGUCUAGACCCGGCAGUCGACAUUCUGGCAUGCAUAGAAAUAGACAUUAAACAUUAGACACGCGCAGUAUUUAAGUCGUAUGACUUGGCAAAACGGAGUAGAAAUCGGUCAUCUUAUUAUGUGACUAUGUUUAUUAUCGCUGGCAUUCUUAUUUUAAAUCUAUAUAUUUUUUUUCACAAUCUCUACUCUCUUUUUGCCAGUGUUCGUAUGCAGAUGAGCAUUUUAAAUAGCGACUUUUUGAAGAACAAAGGACACGACAACACUGUCCUCAAGGUAGCGUAAAAGCGAUGAUUUUGUAAAUAGGUAACUAGGGUCCAUAAAAGUAUGUUAGUUGAAUGUCUAACCUUAAUUAUCAUCAAGUUUCUAUAAAGACUGGCAUUUCAAAGACACGCAUUACUUGGUCAGCUUUGCAGAAACUUGCUGCUAAUUACAAAGGCUUUAAUGUUUCUUUUUGUGUACAUUUACUACAUUAUAACCGAAUGGUGCUUUGAAUAAGGCAUUAGAUAAUUAAGUAACAGUAAUAGAUGUAGCUUAAUGUUACCUUUGAUAGGAUAUGGAUGUCUUCAAAUGAAUUAUACUUGUGCCAUUUUGUAUGUCAUGUUAUGUACCUUUAGGCCAUAUCGCCUUUCUAGAUAUUAAUAUUUAUCGAUACUUCAAUACCUGAUCAAUGCAACGAAUCCGUCCACAUUGUAAAUUAUUUUCGAUAAGAUUAUAUAAUUCGGUAAAAAGGUAUAUAAUAAGUUUGUGCGUGUAGAAUUGGUUAUUAUGUGCUAUGAACAAAACUCGUACAAAAAUCUAAAAGAACACAUAUUUAUAAUGUUUUUACCAGCUAAAAUUACUUAUAGAAGUUAGAUUUAGUUAGAACAAGUUUUAUUACGUAAGCUAAUGAAAAUACCACAUCAUCACUGUGAAUUAUUAGUAAUGUAAAGUACUUAACUGUCCUAUUGUCUUACCUGUCCUAGCUUCUAUAGUAUAGGCAUAAUAUUUGUAGAAAUCCGUCAACUGUGAAGAAUAAUGCUUACUUACAUAAUACUAGUAAUGUAUAACAGUAAGUAACUACGUAAAUACAAGUAUAAUUAUUAUGUACGGAAGGAAAUGAUAAGCAAGGCAUCCGUUGCAAUUUAUCAUUUCAGAAUUGCAAUUAAAAAUAAAAUGCAUAUGCACAUUGUAACAACGAUACUUACUACACCAAUUAUGACUUUGCGUUUUUGUUAGCAACUUAGCAUUUUAAUGUAAUGUAAUUAUAUAAGGAUAGCUUAUUUAUCGUUUUGACGAACUUUUUAAUAAGCGCUCAAAUAUAAGUAAGUCUUCCUCAAAUUGUACAGUACGAAUAAUCAGUCAUAGCAAAAUAAUCGUAAUAGACACUUUUAAACAAGUAGGAAGUAUAAAUUUAUUCCUAACUUAUUUUAUAAGACAGAUUUAUGACUGUGAAUUAAUAAAAAGUAACACAAUUA